AUGGAAAAAAGGCUGGGAAACGUUGGGAAAGAGUUAAAAAAAAUGUUGUUAAAAAGUUGUAAAAGAGUUGGGAAAAAAAUUUGGAGAAAGAUGUGGAAAUGUUGGGAAAAGGAAAAAGUUGGGAAAAAGUUGGGAAAAAGUUGGGAAAAAGUUGGGAAAAAGUUGGGAAAAAGUGUAAGAAAAAGUUGGAGAAAAAGAUGCGGAAAAUGUUGGGAAAGAGAUAGGGAGAAAAUUGGGAGAAAGUUGGGAGAAAGUUAUGGAAAAUUGGGAGAAGGAAUGGAAGGGGGGGAGGAGAAGAAGAAAGAAAGGAGAGAGAAGAAAGGGGAGGGGGAAGGAGGGGAAAGGAGGGAGCAGGAAGAGAAGGCAGAGGAGGAGAAAGAAGGGAGGAAAGGAGAGGAGAGGGAGAGGGAAGGAAGAAAAGGGAGGGGAAGGAAGAGGGAGGGAGAAGGAGGAAAAGGAGAAGGGGGAGAGGGAAGGAGAGGGGAGAGAAAAGAGAAGGAAGGGAAAAAAGAGGAAGGAGGAAAAAAAAAAGGGGAGGGAGAAGAGGGAGAGGAGAGGGAGGGAGGAAAAAGGGGGAAAGGGGGGAAAGGGGGAGAGAGAGAGGAGGGAAGGAGAAAGAGAGGGGAAAGGGAAGGGGAAGGAGAAAAAAAGGGAGAAGGAAAAAAAAAGGAGAAAGAAAAAGAGAAGAGAAAGAGAAGGGGGGAAGGAAAGAAGGAGAAGAGAGGAGAAAAAGAAGAAAGAGAAAAAAAAGGGGGAAGAGGGGAGAAAGGGGGAAGGAGGGGAAGGAGAGAGAAAGAGGAGAGAAGGGGAAAGGAAAGAGGGAGAAGGGAAAGAGAGGAAAGGGAGAAGGGGAGAGGAAAGAGAAGAAAAGGGAGGGGAAAGAGGAAAGAGGAGGGAGAGGGAGAGGAAAAAGAAGAGGGAGAGGGGGAAAGAAAAAGGAGAGGGAAAGGGGGAAGAAGAGGAGAGAGAGAAGGGGAAAGGAAAGGAGAAGGGAAAGGAAAAGAAAAGAAAAGGGAGGGGAAAAAGGAGAGAAGGGAAAGAGGAAAAGGAAAGGAAGAGGAAGGGGAAGGGAAGAGAAGAGGGAAAGGGGAAGGGGGAAAAAAAGAAGGGGAAAAAAGGGAAGGGAAAGGACAAAGGAGAGGGAAGGAAAAGAGGGAAGGGGAGAGGAGGGGGAGGGAAAGGAGAGAAAGAGGGAAGGAAAGAAAAGAGAAGAGAGAGGGAAAGGAAGGAAAAGGGAAGGGGGAAAAGGGAAGGGAGAAGGAAAGAAAAGAAAAGGGAAGGGAGAAAAAGGAAAAGGAAAGGGGAAGAGGAGAGAGAAGGGAAGAGGGGGAGGGGAGAGGGAAAGGAGGGGAGAGAAAAGGAGAGGAGGAAGGAAGGGAAGGGGAGAAGGAGGGAAAGGAAGGGAGAGGAAAGAGGAAGGAAAAAAAAAAAGAAGGGGAGGAAAAAAAGGGAAAAAGAAGGGGGAAAAAAAAGAGGAAAAAAAAGGGGAAGAAAAAAGGGAGAAAAAAAAGGGGAGAAAAAAAGGGGGAGAAAAAAAGGGGGAAAAAAAAGGAGGGGAAAAAAGAGGGAAAAAAGGGGGAAGAAAAAGGAGGGAAAAAAACAGGGGAGAAAAAAAGGAAAAAAAAGAGAAAAAAAGGGGGGAAAGAGAGGGGGGAGGAGGAGGGGAGAGGGAGGGAAGAGGGGGAGAGAAAGGGAGAGGGGGGAGGAGGGAGAGGAAAAAGGAGAGAAGAGAGGAGGAGAGAAAAUUACGGGUCUCAGAGGCGAGAAACG